AUGGGCGGGAUGGAGAGACAGACGGAUGGGAUUGAUGGCAGGGGGGGGGGGAAGAAGGGGAAGGCAAGGAUGCGGGGGUGGAGGGGAGGAAGAGGGAUGCGGGGGAAUGGGUGGGUGGGAGGGAUGGAACGGAGGGAGGUAUCGUGGGGAGGGAUGGCGGGGUUAGCAGGGGUUGGAGGAAAGGGUGAGAGGAAUAGGAGAGACGGGAGGGAUGGACAGAAGCGGAUUGAGGAUGGGAGGGAAGCAAAGGAUGGUGGGACUGGGGAAGUGCAAGAUGAGCCGCCGUGCACCUAUGGGCGCCGUGCACCUAUGGGCGCCGUGCACCUAUGGGCGCCGUGCACCUAUGGGCGCCGUGCACCUAUGGGCGCCGUGCACCUAUGGGCGCCGUGCACCUAUGGGCGCCGUGCACCUAUGGGCGCCGUGCACCUAUGGGUCCCGUGCACCUAUGGGUGCCGUGCACCUAUGGGCGCCGUGCACCUAUGGGCGCCGUGCACCUAUGGGCGCCGUGCACCUAGCCCGUUUCUCUCCCCUCUUCUCUUCCCAAUCGCAGGCCGUCCCUGUCAAUCACGACAAAACUAG